GUCUUAUUAUGUGCUCUUAGUAUGUGGCCCUUUUAUUUCAUCCGCACAACAUACUGUGAGCGCUUUCACAGCGCAUACACGGUUCUGUUCUCCUGCUAACGCCAGAACUCGUGGACAAAAAGAAUAUUUCCACCACCAUGGCAAACUUUCUCGUGCGUCUGUUGCGUCUGUAAAAAAAUGGUCGUAUAAGGGGAGCUCUAUUGACGCCUCCGUGCGCCAAGCUUGCAAAUCAAGUAGCGAAUAUGACAAACCCAGUCCACUGGUUUCCAUGGAUUCUUUCGGGGAUUGCUGUCAGGCUUGGGUGUGUACUUGGGUGUCAACACAAGGCUGCGCUAAUCCUUGCGGUGCUUGCAGUAGCGGUCCUUACGCCAGCUGCUGACCUUGUGGUUGAUACCGGGAGCGGAAUGACAGUUAAUGACCUACUGGCGACCGCAGGCCUGCUUCCCCUGGGGACCUUAAGCCUGCAACCAAUGCCGGACGAUGCAUACCCGACGGCCUCAAAGCUGCCGGUACCAAACGUCACCCUGCAAGGGUGGGGUAGAAGCUUGCCAAACAAUCUGAAAGAAUGGACAGGAGUGGCGCGGCCUUGCCCCAGUGGCACGGAUGCAAAUGGUUGUUUCACAGCUCCACAAUCAGCCAACUUUACCCUGCUUAUUUGCCGGGGCCUAGAAGCAUUUUCUGCUGCAAAGGUUUCCGUUAUUGACAUGAAGCCAGGUCAGGAACUCAUGCUGUCCUCCCUGGCAAUCUCUAUGUUGGACCUCAGCGAGCCCCUGGGGCCAGCUGCCAGUAUGGCUAUCACCCGUCUUUCAAUCCCUGGCCUCGUCCAAGUCCCCAGAGGGGCCACCCUGAAACUCCAGGAUGUGACACUGGUGCUGUCAUCUGCCGAUAUGCACACCUAUCUGUCCAAACUGGGUCGUGCAGUCAGCGUAUGGCCAUACAGCACGACAGUGAACAUCACCAACAAUGUAAUCCACAUUGCAAGCCUUACCACCUCAGCCCUGGCGAUUGAUGGGGAUGACAACGACCCGAACACAGCAGGCGGUCAGGUGCAGUGGCUGGAUGUCACAUUGAGAGGAAUUCCAGGUGUCGAUGAGCAAUUUAUUCCAGCAGUGGGGGCAAAAAUGGCGUCAACAGACAUGGACUUGUACGAUACCAAACUGGAACAGGCGUGUAACUACCUCACUUGUGAAACAUUGUUUUUGUCACUGGUAGCCGAUGUAAGGCUCUCCAAAGGUGACAAUUGGGACCACUGGAGGCGGGGGAGGCUGGAUUACGGAUCAUUGGUGGUGAUGCUGGGGGAUCCCAAUCGGACCACAGCCCUGGACCUGAAUGGGUUUGAAGGCGCCUGGAUUAUCGAUUACACCGGCGUUGAUGUUAGGGGUUAUGUUCCACCCAGUAUCGAGGCAGCAGCGUACGGUCCUGAAACCUCAACAUCAACAGUGAUGCAGCUAAGUGACAUAUGGCUAGUCAACUUGCCCUACUCUACACAGCCAGUUCAGGAAGCCGGUAGCCUUCUAGCCAUCAGCUUGCAAAGUUUCCUGGUGAACAGGAAUCCCCAGGCCGUGGGUCCUCCACAGGUGGUCCUCAAGCGCUGCACACUUGUCAUUCCAGACCAGGAAAUCGCAUUCUUAGGGCAAUCAGUAAUGUGGAGGGGGAACGGCACGACAACAUCAGCGUCACAUGGAGAUCUUGGAGUGCUGUUCACUAAUGUUGACAUCCAGCUUCCGGCAGGGUCGGCUGCUGGGGGUCAGCUGCAAGUUAACAGCCUUCUGUUGGGAUCCCAGGUUUCGCUGGUUAACUGCACCCUGAUGUCUGCCAGCUACUACUCGACGCUUCCUGGUGCCUUGCCACUGUUACCACAGUCUUUUGUGUGGCCGCCUGAGGUGCUGCAUGGGGACGUGGAGACGGCAGCGCAAUGGGGACCGCUAGGACUGGCCCUCAGUCCAAGUCUGCAGGCUGCCUUGUCCAGCCUUGACUCGACAUGUGGGGCACUGCCGGAAAGGUCACCAGUUACCGCCAUUACACAGUGCGACGACCAAAGCAUCCCUGCUAUAUCGUCUUCUGCAGCUGCGGGGGAGGAUGUCAACACAACCCAGGUCCUAAAUGGUGGACCGCAGGCAUCCCCUGGCGAAUGUAUUGUUACGGGUUAUCCACAGCAGCUGGUGGGCAGCCGCACGUUCGUCAACCUCCAGGGUGCCAUCGGCCGUGUUGAGCUGCAGCGGCCCAUCACGCUCCGGAACCUGGUGCUGUACAACCUGGCUCCGGGCGGCAUGUACCCGCUGCCGGGGUCUGAUGAUAGCAGCGACACUGAUGCCAGCGGAAACAGCACCCGCACUAGUCAGCCUGGGUCAGCUUCGGCCGCCCCUCAGCUGGAGGGCGCUGAUGCAGCCUGGGCCAACAGCUCCCUGCCGCUGUGGUUCUUCCGGAUGGCUAGAAGAGGACCCAGCAGUGGUGCAGCCGGCGCCCCACAGCAGUCCCAAUCAUCCCCGCUGCUGGUGCUCCAAAAUGUGACUCUCGUGGUUUCGGAACUCGAGUGGCGGGUGCUGGCAGCUGCGGUACUGCUGCGGCAUGGCCCCGCGCAGCCGGUAUUGUCUCCGCCCGCUGCUGCAUCUAACAGACGACAGAGGCAGCUUAUGAAGCAAGCUCGUGAACCGCUCCUGCGAUCAUCUCACAAGCCACAGAAACAGCAGCAGGGGGAAAUGCAGAAAGAGGUGGCAGUAGGGGCUGGUGCACGUAAAAAUGGACCAGCUAAUAAGGGCAGUGCAGGGCUGACUGCAGACCAAGUCUCGUCACUUCCAAGGGCGUAUCGCAAUGCACGGAGGGUUUUGUCUGGAGCCCCGGGCGCGCACAUGUACGAGGAACCACCGCUACCACCAACUGCACCUUCUUCGUUACCACCACCAUUUCCCCCGUACCAGCCAUGGACCCCAUCCAUGCCGUCGUUUCCGUCCAUACCAUUAUGGCCAUCGCCCCCACCACAUCCGCCACGGCCACCACAUCCACCACGGCCACCAUCACCACCACCACAGCCCCCAUCACCGCCGCCAUCGCCACCACCACAACCACCACCACCACCAUGGCCCCCCGUCCCACCACGACCCCCAUUGCCACCACCUUCACCACCUUAUGUGUACACUACUAGAGCAGCAAUAUUGAAAUUCGCUGCUGCAGCACAGGUUCUCUCGUAUAGUUACAGCUCCCGAGUGCUGGUCCUGGCAGUUGCACAGCACUAUGGUUGGGUCGGAACCAACGUGACGGUGACGUGCGAGAUGCCAUCUGAUGCCCCAAGCAGUGCACGCACGUUACUGUACCCGCCGCUCAUCCUGCCAUAUCAGGAGCUUGCUGAAAUGGAGCUCAACGUAACAGUCGAUUUCACGCUGUCCCCCGACGCAUCGCCUACCACUCCGCCAUCACUGUACGGAUCAGGUCUUGGUAGGAAGGCCCCACUCCAGCCGUACAUCAUGCCGCCCAGUACUCCUUCAGUGUAUGCAGGACCGGAACCUGUUGUCAAGUCUGGUAGCAAGCACUACUGGCCACCACAAACACCAGGACGGCCGCCGCUCAUAGAGCUUAUGCCGCCAGGGAGAAGCAGCAGCCGCCCUGCCUGGGUGGUACCAUUGGCAAGCUGCCUUGCCGGUGUUGUUGGUCUCCUACUCCUCUCCCUGCUUGCAGUUACCUUCUUCAUGGUAACUAAGCGACGCCGAGCCACUGCAGCUGCAGCUUUGGCGCCUGCCACGGGGGCUGUUUCUGUGGUGACACCGAAGGGGGACGAGCAGCGGCAUGGUCGCAAGGACAGCACGCGGCUAUUGUCUGGGCCUACAGCAAGCUGUGCAUGCCCGUGCGACAGUAGCACUCCUGAACAUGGACAGGACCUGGGUACAUGCCUCAGCGCAGGACUUGGUUUAGGUGUCAGCAGCAGCGGUGGGGCUGGUCAAAGCAGGAAUUGUGAUGACACGUUUGCAGUGUUGCUGAGAAAGGCAGCAAUGGCAGCCGCAUCAGGGCAACAGAAACAUCCCAUAGGCGCUACCAUCUCUGGUAGCGUCUCCGAUCCCUCUAAAGUGAUAAACAGGGAGGAGACAGGCACCUCUGGGAGUGACGUCCCGGCACCAGGCGGUGUUUCUUGCUUUCUGGAGACAAACCGCCUGGCUGUUAGUCGUACCUCCAAGGCAGCAGUGGCAGGUGGCGGUUGCCCACCUACUUCCGCUCAAGUCAUGCCUUGCUGCCAUGACAAGUCAUCAAGUUUGGGCGCCGUAAACGCCAGCGCUUACCUCAGUAAACUGCUGGUAUAUUACAACACACUGUCUGACAAAGUCCUGAAGGGCAACACUGAGGACCAGCAAGUGGGAAGUGUGUUGGGUAUAUGUGGUUUUAAGGAGCCCAGUAAUGCUCAACGCAAUUUCGACCAAACUACUGCCGGGGCUUGCAUGCACCGCCGGGCUCCAGGUGCACGACGGACCGUGCAGGGUGAAGUAACCGCCAUUCAGGCCAAGUUAGGCGAUCCGCAGCUGGAGGUGCACUCUCUGCUGGGUCGGGGUGCGUCCAGUGUGGUCUACAGUGGCACAUGGCGGGGCCUGCCGGUGGCGAUAAAAACACUGGUGGUGUCAUCAGACGCUGUCGUUGGGCAGGAAGGCGCCGGGUGCUCAAGGCACUGGGCAGUGCUGGAAGCGGCCAUUUCCAUGAGCCUGACACACCCCAACAUCGUAGCUACCUACACCUACGAGGUAAAGCCGCUUGUACAUGGGCCGCGCAUAUCCGUCCUGAGCUCCUCAGCCGCAAGCUCGGCUGAGGGCGUGCCAGUGGAGGUGGCUGGAGCCCAGCAGAGAGGAGGCAGCCCGUCUGAAGCUGUUGCCCCCUCCAGCUCCGGUGGUCGUGAGGAGGGGGUGAUGACGGUGGAUGCCUACAAGCUGUACAUAGUGCAAGAGCUAUGCAAUGCUGGCACACUUCGUCAAGCUCUUGAGCUCGGCAUGGCUGGCAGCGUGCGUGCUGGUGGGCUGUUCAAGAUGCUUGCCCUGCGCCUCGCUCUGGAUGUGGCGCAGGGUAUGCGGCACAUGCACAGCCGCCGCAUCGUGCAUGGAGACCUGAAGCCGGACAAUGUGCUGCUGGUUAAAGGCCCCCGAACUGAACCUCCUGAAGAGGCAGAGCAAGACGGAGCAGCCAAACCAUGGGUGGGACAACAGCCGAAGCAGCUGUGUCAUGCACUGGUGGUGGCGGCAGCGGCGGGUGUGGGCAACUUCGCACCCUCCGAAGACGACACAGACGCUAUGAGUGCAGUGGUGCAGCUGCAGCUGACGGCCAAGGUGGCGGAUUUCGGCCUCAGCCUGCCGCUGCCCGAAGGAGCCACGCACGCCUCGCAGCGCUUCCAGGGAACUCCUGAUUACAAGGCUCCCGAGGUUGCUGUGGGCGGCCGGGCAUCACCUCGUGCGGAUGUUUGGUCUUUUGGGAUGUUGCUGUUGGAGCUCUACUACGGCUGCGCGCUAGCAGACAUGGCGGCAUUGCAGGCAUGUGCCGGUGCUGCGGAAUCCGAGGGUGCGCCAAGCGGGGGCGAUGGCUUGGCCCAGCAGCUGCCAUCGUUUCCCCUGACCCUAUUACAGGACAUAGUCGCAUCAACGCAUGUGCCAUACGCCAAGCUGGUAACAGCGUGUCUAGCGUUCGAUCCACAAUGUCGCCCGACCUUCAGGGAGGUUGCCGUACAACUAGAGGAGAUGCUGAACGUAAUGUAGCCACACCUCUAACAAAUCCUGCUGAAAUGUCGUGGCGCUUGUACUGGGAUUGUAGGUGUUAGUCUUUUGCAACAGGAUAAAGAACGACUUUGUUUUUGCCUGGCGUGUGUAGAUAAAGGGGCUGACUGUCUGUUAAUAAGUGGACAUGCAGUGGAUAAAUGGUCUCAAUCUUGCGUGUUUGGGUUGUGCGAGUAUGGUUUUACGAAUGGCAGUGAUUUAUUACUGAUACAAUAUUCAGGUUAUUCAUUCGUCAACGUGCCAUGGGAUACCUAGUCAUGUCGCUCAGUAAUCCUUUUGAUUACGUUCAAAAAAUCGUGGUAGUCGCUUUUCAUGCGAUGCCCUUUGCGAAACAUUUGGUUGCGAACCUUGCCCCGAGUGGACACACCCGAAUCCACCCAGUGGCUUUUUCUGAGAACUAUACCGCUGUGUUUGCAUUCCUGCAAACGGUGCCACGACGUGUCUGUCCAGAGUGAAGCCUCAUGGUAGCAAUGAUGCCCCUUUUUGUUGACCGGCUAGCUAGCUAAGUAGGGCCGGUUAGUGUUGUACUAGUCGAUGCCAUGGCUCGUGCUUUUGCUUUGUAAGGACACCGGGAUGAUUGUUGGUAAGCGGGAAGUAUAGGUAUGUUCGGAUUCAAGAAUCUAGGUCUUACUUCAAUGUCUGACAGGAUAAUGGCACAGAGAAUGGAAAAUGCAUGGUCAUUUUGGGAAAACCUAAUUAUGUUCAUGUGUCUUAAUGCUACGGUGCUGCAUAGGCAACCGCCUCCUGUUGACUUAAUGUGUUGAUUGCUGUGCCAAUUUGGACUGAGAUAAUAUUGCUAUCCAGGUUUUGCGAGGUUGGCCGAGCAGAUGCAUGCGAGUUGGAACAGGUAGAUGACCCAUACAAAUCCCGGUUUGUGUGUUUGAAACGCCCACCAACUGUUGAAUUAAUGGGUAGACGUUACGUGAUCGGACAGUGUCCUCAAGCAGCCUCCUUGCUGUACAGCUAUUCACCGGUUUCCUGGCGGUCUGUUCCUGUUGCUCUUGACGAACCGUGCCUGUGAUCCUAUGUUCUGGUCGGUGUGACACGCACGAGUAGGUACCGGUAUUUGCAGGCCAACCAAGGGGCUACAGCUCUCUGGGACGGCGCUUGUUUUGUUUACUGGUUACAGCGCUCGUCGUGAAGGAUGCUCGCUGUGCUCCACGGCGAGGUACAGCAGUGUUUAGUAACGCAUUUGCAAUGUAAUAAUAACAUGAAAUCACACAGGAUCUGUGAUCAUUAAGGAUGGGUCUGUGAUUAUUAUGCCUAAGUGGGCAGAAGCUUAGGGUUAAUCUGUUGGGGGUAUCCUCAAGGUUGUUCCCUUGGUUCAACGGCGCGGAGGCCUUCAAGGGCGCCUGGUACUAGGCGGGCGGGCAAGACAAAUAGGACAGACGUUGCUUGUUUGGGAUUCAUUGGGUAUACUAGCCUGCGCUCUGGUGUAACGCUUCCAUCAUCA